AUGACGACGGUACAAUUUGUUGUGCGGUAUGUCAAUGGACUCAAGGACACCGUAAUACAGCUGGACAUCCAUGCAAACCCUGGCAUGGUCAAUAAUGUCCCCAUUGGAUACAUCAGAAACGAAAUCAGGAAGAUGUAUCCCGAAUUGGCCAAGAAGAGGUUGAAAUUGCUACAUAAUGGUCGUGUAUUGGAGUCGCAUACAAACUUCUCCAAAGAAAUUGCCUAUUUGCAAAAGAAUCUAGAUGAAGACAAUGGUGUAAAUGACCAUAAUCCCAAAGAGAAGAUCAACAUUUAUUUCCACUGCAUUAUUGGCGACGACUUAACAGAGAAAGAAGUAGCAGAAGAGGAGAAACUUGAUCAACAACCUAUCAAAAGUACAACUGAUGCUCCAAAGGGGUUUGAUAGAUUACUCUCGCAGGGGUUCAGUGCUUCCGAUAUUCAAGAUCUGCGUGAUCAGUUUUUUAGAUUACACGGUGCAAACCUUCCAAGAAAUGCAACCCAGGAACAAAUUACAGAAUUAGAAGAUCGGUGGAUAGACAGUAGCGUCAAUAAUGAAAUAGACGAGUUCCCAGCAAACAUUAGGUUGUCCACCUCCGAUCCAGCGGGAGAUGCUUCUAAUGUAGAUGGCGACGAUGAUGGCCGUAAUGGAGUGAAUGCCAAUGUGAACAGCAACUCAAAUACAAAUAUGGUGAAUGUGCGACAACUGAUGUUUCAGCAAAACUUGCAAUCACAUAAGGACAUGUUCUUUGCUGUGUGUAUUGGAUUUGCUCUUGGGGGUCUGGCUCUACUCCUACUAUUCUUAGAUGUGGGAGGGAUCUUUGACAAGAAGACUAGAAUUGCUGUACUGUCCGGUGUAGUAGUUAACUUGAGUUUUGGUCUCCUGCAUUCGUGGGGUGGAUAA